GUAGUGUUUUCGGCGGAAGUGCCUCAUGAGAAUGACAUCAUCAUCCGGGUCAGUUGCUGCCGGUUCACACAGGAUCCAAGAUGGCGACUCACAUGUCGAAGUGUAGAACCUGGAGUCGUGUUCAAAGGUUUGGGAUCGCAGCUUACAGAAAAUACAGCAGUGGCGGCCGAUACCCAAAUAUCUCCCUCUCUGAACCGUUGCCUGGGAUCCCAAAACCAGUGUUCGCAUCUGGGGAUGGUCUGGAAAAAUAUGAGACAAAGAUCACUACUCUAGAAAAUGGCCUCAAAGUCGCUUCCCAAAACAAGUUUGGUCAAUUCUGCACAGUUGGAAUUUUAGUAAAUUCUGGAUCCAGACAUGAAGCAAAGUACCCGAGUGGGAUAGCCCACUUUAUAGAGAAACUCGCCUUUUCUUCCACAGCUCAGUACGGGAGUAAAGAUGAAAUUCUCCUCACGUUGGAAAAGCACGGAGGGAUAUGUGACUGCCAAACAUCAAGGGAUACCACCAUGUACGCGGUGUCUGCUGAAGUGAAGGGUCUGGACACGGUGGUCAGUCUUCUCUCUGAUGCCGUUCUGCAGCCUCGCCUGCUGGAUGACGAGAUCGAGAUGACCAGAAUGGCCGUGCGCUUUGAGUUGGAGGAUCUAAACAUGAGGCCGGACCCCGAACCUUUACUCACUGAGAUGAUCCAUGCUGCGGCAUAUCGGGGCAACACGGUCGGACUGCCUCGCUUUUGUCCCGCGGACAACGUGGAAAAAAUUGACAAGGAAAUGCUUCACAACUACCUGCGCAACUACUACUGUCCCGAGCGGAUGGUGCUGGCCGGCGUGGGCAUCGAGCACGAGCUGCUGGUGGAAUGCGCCAGGAAACACCUGCUGGCCGCCAAGCCGGUGUGGGGAAGGACCGCAGCGGCCAACGUGGACCUCUCCGUCGCGCAGUACACCGGCGGCAUCGUCAAGAUGGAUAAGGAUAUGUCCGAUGUGAGCCUCGGCCCCACCCCGAUCCCAGAGCUCACCCACAUCAUGAUCGGCCUGGAGAGCUGCUCCUUCCUGGAAGACGACUUCAUUCCGUUUGCGGUGCUCAACAUGAUGAUGGGUGGAGGGGGCUCCUUUUCGGCAGGAGGACCCGGCAAAGGCAUGUUCACCCGCCUCUACCUCAACGUGCUCAACAGGCACCAUUGGAUGUACAACGCCACCGCCUACCAUCACAGCUACGAGGACAGUGGUCUGCUGUGCAUCCACGCCAGUGCAGACCCCAGACAGGUGCGGGAAAUGGUGGAGAUAAUAACCAGAGAGUUCAUUCAGAUGGCGGGCAGCGCCGGAGAGAUGGAGUUGGAGAGGGCCAAGACGCAGCUCAAGUCCAUGUUGAUGAUGAACCUCGAGUCGCGGCCGGUCAUUUUUGAAGAUGUUGGUCGCCAGGUUCUCUCCACGGGGAAGAGAAAGCUGCCACAUGAACUGUGCGAGCUAAUAAGCAGCGUGACGGCCAGCGACAUUAAGAGGGUGACCACCAAGAUGCUGCGCAGUAAGCCCGCCGUGGCGGCUCUGGGCGACCUGACGGAGCUGCCGUCCUACGAGCACAUCCAGGCCGCGCUGUCCAGCAAGGACGGGCGCCUGCCCCGCAUGUACCGCCUCUUCCGAUAGGUCCCGCCCACCCCACCCCAUCCGCUCCCCCCCCUCCCGGCCAUCAGACAUCAGUGUGACUACACCGGACUGGAGAUUACACGAGUGUUCCCUCCCACCACGGCUCACUCGGGGAGCGGACUAAUAACCUCACCCCUGAGGACUGUAAGGAGACGUUACCGUGACCUUUGUCCAACUGCAGCUGGGAGUAUCUGUAUUUAUUGAUUGUGGGCAGGAAGGGGUCAUUUCAUUAUUUACUGGGAGUUUACAAAACCACAAGAACGACGGGUUAUAUUCCCGUUUUGCAAUGAAUGACACUUAAGAAGCGUACAAGAGAGCGGUCCAGAAGGUUCUUUAUUGAGCUACACUGUGAGAAUUCUCAUUUUCCAGAGUGGAUGGAUGGAAAAGAAAAGCACUUCACAAAGGCUGUGCAUGGCGGAUGGUUAACGGGUUGAUAAAGGGUUGAUAAAGGGUUGGUCCUCCACACUGAAAUCAUGGCUUCUGUCAUUGUGUGUAAAGAGAUUGAAAUCUGUUUUUUUUUUGUAUUCCUGUGGUUGUGUAGAUGCCUUUGCAAAUUAAAAUAUGUAUAUUAAUAGGAUCAAAUUAA